GUUUCAACAACAACAAAGAAGUUCAACAAAGACACUGUAAUAACCGUUCUCAAGGCAAUCAUGGUAAAGUCUCCUCUUCUUUUGGUCCAAUCAGGUACCAUUUCAAUACAGCGAUUAUACACACCACAAUCUAGGCACAAAAAUUGCGGCCCUGAGUCGAAUUGAUACGUCGAUGGAAGUGUGGUGGAUGUCUCCAGAUGGCUCAGUACAGAAUGCUUACUGGUACGAAGAAAAGGAAUGGAAUCGUUUCCCACUGGCCCCACCAGGAAGUGCUGCGCUGGGAGGCGGGAUUGAAGCAGUUAGUAGAGUUCCAAGAAAUAUGGAAGUAUGGUGGAUUGGUCCCAACGGAUCCGUGCAAGAUGCCUACUUUUUCGAAGACGCAGGGUGGCAACGAUUCGAGCUUGCGGGUCCCCAAAGCGCGGCAACAAGAAGCAGCAUCGAAGCCGUAAGCCGCAAAAGGGACACAAUGGAGUUAUGGUGGAUAGCCCCAAAUGGCUCUGUACAAGACGCCUACUUUUAUGACGAUGCUGGGUGGGGACGAUCGGAGCUCGCCCCUUCUGGAAGUGCUAGCGAGGGGGGGAUCGCAGCUGUCUCCCGCAGACCAGGAACCAUGGAAAUAUGGUGGACCGCCCCAAAUGGGAGUGUACAAGAUGCGUAUGGGUACGACUGGUGGAAACGUUUUGAGCUGGCUGGUCCAGGGAGCGCCGCUGUGGGUUCCGAAGUUUCAUGCAUAUCCCGCACCGCCGAUUCAAUGGAGGUUUGGUUCUCGGGAUCUUCAGGUUCGAUUGAGAACCAUUACUGGCAUGGAUGACGAAUGGCAAGUUUAGGAGACUCAGAGUUUAAAAUUGUGGGGGAACGGGGUAGCGGAGAUUGGAAUUUUUUGCAGAUGGAUUGUUAGAUGAAAAUCACGUGUGUUCCGAGCCACGUCUUCUUUG